AUGGCUGAAGGAGGUGAAGGAGAAGAAGAGAUCCAGUUUGUACGGACGGAGGAUCAGGUGGUGCUCCAGUGUACAGCGACGAUCCUGAAGGAACAGUUCAAACUCUGCUUGUCCUGUGAGGGCUUUGGAAAUCGACUCUGCUUCCUCGAGACAACGUCUAACGCUCAGAAUGUGCCGCCCGAUCUGGCCAUCUGCGUCUUCAUCCUGGAGCAGUCUCUGUCCGUGCGAGCUCUACAGGAGAUGCUCUCUCAUACCAGUGAGGACGUGGAUUUGGAUAAAUGGGUAUAUAAUUCUGACUUUUUCUCCUAUUCCAAGUCAUCACAAGGUGGAGGCCAUCGGACGCUGUUGUAUGGGCACGCCAUCCUGCUCAGACACACACACUCGGGCAUGUAUCUGAGCUGUUUAACAACGUCACGGUCCCUCACAGACAAGCUGGCGUUUGACGUGGGCCUACAGGAAGACUCGACAGGCGAGGCAUGUUGGUGGACGAUCCAUCCUGCGUCUAAGCAAAGGUCUGAGGGUGAGAAGGUCAGAGUGGGUGAUGACCUCAUCCUGGUCAGUGUGUCAUCAGAAAGGUACCUGCAUCUGUCCUACGCCAGUGGAGAUCUGAUGGUGGACGCCUCGUUCAUGCAGACGCUGUGGAACAUGAACCCUGUGUCCAGUGGGUGUGAGCUGGUCGAGGGGUUUUUGACCGGAGGAUACGUGCUUCGACUCUUCCACGGCCACAUGGACGAGUGUCUUGCCAUUCCUGCUGCUGACCCGGGGGAAGAGCGCAAAAAUGCCCACUAUGAGGGAGGAGCGGUGUGCAGUCAUGCCAGAUCUCUGUGGAGACUUGAGCCUCUCCGGAUCGGGUGGAGCGGCGGCCAUAUUAAAUGGGGUCAGCCGUUCAGAGUGCGCCACAUCACCACGGGUCGAUACUUGUGUUUAGAUGAUGAGAAGGGCCUGCUGGUGGUGGAUCCAGAGAAAGCAAACACCAAGAGUUCUGCGUUCUGCUUUCGAGCCUCAAAGGAGAAGACAGAAGUGGCGCAGAAGCGUGAUGUGGAAGGGAUGGGGGCUCCAGAGAUAAAGUACGGAGAGUCCAUGUGCUUUGUGCAGCACGUCGCUACCAGCCUGUGGCUCACCUACGCCUCCGUAGACGCUAAAUCUGCUCGUCUGGGGCCUGUGAAGCGCAAGGCAAUUCUUCAUCAGGAAGGUCACAUGGAUGAUGCUCUGACCGUCGCUCGCUCUCAGACAGAAGAGUCUCAGGCCGCUAGAAUGAUCUACAGCACUGCCGGCCUCUUCGCACAGUUCAUCAAGAGUUUAGACUCUCUAAAUGGGAAGAAUAAAAGCAGCGCUCCUGCUCCAUCAUCGCUCCCGCUGGAGUCUGUUGUCCUCUCGCUCCAGGAUCUGAUCUUCUACUUCAGACCUCCAGAGGACGAGCUGGAGCACGAGGAGAAACAGAGCAAACUGAGAUCUCUCAAAAAUCGACAGAACCUGUUUCAGGAAGAGGGGAUGAUCACUUUGGUGUUGGACUGCAUCGAUCGUCUAAACGUAUAUAACACCGCAGCUCAUUUUUCUGAGUUUGCUGGAGAGGAGGCAGCGGAGUCCUGGAGGGAGAUUGUUAACCUGCUCUACGAGCUGCUGGCGUCUCUGAUCAGAGGGAACAGGGCAAACUGCGCUCUCUUCUGUGACAAUCUGGAUUGGCUGGUCAGCAAACUGGACCGACUGGAAGCCUCAUCAGGCAUCCUGGAGGUGCUGUACUGCAUUCUCAUUGAAAGCCCUGAGGUGUUAAACAUCAUCCAGGAGAACCACAUCAAGUCCAUCAUCGCUCUGCUGGACAAACAUGGACGCAACCACAAGGUGUUGGACGUGCUCUGCUCGCUGUGUGUGUGUAACGGCGUGGCUGUGAGGUCCAAUCAGAAUCUCAUCACAGAGAAUCUACUCCCACGCCGGGACCUUUUGCUCCAAACGCAAAUCAUUAAUUAUGUUACAAGCAUGAGGCCGAACAUCUUCCUGGGGACCUGUGAGGGAUCCACGCAGUAUAAGAAGUGGUAUUAUGAGCUGAUCGUGGAUGACGUGGAGCCGUUUUUGACGGCCCAGGCGGGUCACCUGCGGGUGGGCUGGGCGCUGACCGAGGGUUACAGCCCAUACCCCGGUGGAGGAGAGGGCUGGGGCGGGAACGGUGUAGGAGAUGACCUCUACUCUUACGGCUUUGAUGGCCUCUAUCUGUGGUCAGGGCGUGUCCCUCGGCACGUGGCAUCUUCCAAUCAGCACAUUCUGGCAGCAGAAGAUGUAGUGAGCUGCUGUCUGGAUCUAAGCGUGCCCAGUAUCUCGUUCCGUAUUAAUGGGCAUCCUGUUCAGGGCAUGUUUGAGAACUUCAACCUGGACGGCCUCUUCUUCCCUGUCGUUAGCUUCUCCGCUGGAAUCAAAGUCCGGUUCCUCCUGGGGGGACGCCAAGGAGACUUUAAGUUUGUCCCACCCCCAGGGUACGCUCCGUGCUAUGAGGCCGUGUUGCCCAAAGACAGACUUCGCAUCGAGCCCAUUAAGGAGUAUAAAAACGACUUGAGUAACGAUGUGAGGAACCUGCUGGGCCCGACACAGUCUCUGUCCCACACUGCCUUCACUCCAAAUCCUGUGGACACUGUGCAGAUUGUUCUUCCUCCACAUCUGGAGCGGAUCAGAGAAAAACUGGCGGAGAACAGCCAUGAGCUCUGGGCCGUAACUCGCAUCGAACAGGGCUGGACUUACGGACCUUUCCGUGAUGAUAAUAAAAAGCUUCAUCCGUGUCUGGUGGACUUCCAGAGCCUUCCAGAGCCAGAGAGGAACUACAACCUGGCAAUGUCGGGGGAAACUCUCAAAACACUUCUUGCGCUGGGUUGCCAUGUUGGAAUGGGAGACGAGAAGGCGGAGGAAAAUUUGAAGAAGAUCAAACUGCCCAAAACCUACACACAGAGCAACGGCUACAAACCCGCUCCUCUGGACCUGAACCAUGUUAAACUGACUCCUAACCAGAACACACUGGUGGAGCGCCUCGCCGAGAACGGACACAACGUGUGGGCGCGAGACAGAGUGCGGCAGGGCUGGACUUACAGCAUCGUGCAGGACAUCGUAAACAAGCGUAACCCUCGCCUCGUGCCGUAUAAUCUGCUGGAUGAGAAAACCAAGAAGACGAACAGAGACACGGUGUGUGCAGCAGUUCGAACCCUGAUUGGUUACGGCUACAACAUCGAGCCUCCAGACCAGGAGAGCAGCGGCCACGUCAGUAACGGCAGUGGGAACAAGAUCCGCGUGUUCAGGGCAGAGAAAUCCUACGCCGUUACUCAGGGUAAAUGGUACUUUGAGUUUGAGGCAGUGACGGUGGGGGAAAUGAGGGUCGGCUGGGCCAGACCCAACGUCCACGCCGAUAAAGAGCUCGGCGCAGAUGAGCUAGCCUACGCCUUCAAUGGCUGCAAGGCUCAGCGUUGGCAUGUGGGCAGCGAACCCUUCGGCCGUCAGUGGCAGCCUGGGGACGUGGUGGGCUGCAUGAUCGAUCUCACCGAGCAGAACAUCAUGUUCACGCUUAAUGGAGAGAUGCUGAUCAGUGACUCCGGCUCUGAAAUGGCUUUCAAAGACAUCGAGAUUGGAGAAGGCUUCAUCCCUGUUUGUAGUCUGGGCCUCUCUCAGGUGGGUCGGAUCAACCUGGGCCAGAACGUCAGCAGCCUGCGUUAUUUCACUAUCUGCGGCCUGCAGGAGGGCUUCGAGCCCUUCGCCAUCAACAUGAAGAGAGACAUCACCAUGUGGUUCAGCAAAAGCCUGCCGCAGUUCAUCCCCGUUUCCCCUGACCACCCCCACAUCGAGGUCUCCCGUGUGGACGGCACAGUGGACAGCGCCCCCUGUCUCAAACUCAACCACAGGACAUUCGGCUCACAGAACGCCAACACGGAUCUGCUGUUCUUCAGACUCAGCUUGCCCAUCGAGUUCCACGAGUCGUUUAAGGUGGAGGCCGGGGCGACCCCGCUGACACGCGCCCUCACCAUCCCCGAGGACGAGGCUCUGGAGGUCGACCCCAACUCUGAGUACGAGCUGCUGAAGAAGAGCGCCACCCGCAGGGAGCAGGAGGAAAAGGACAAGGAAGCGUCAGUGCCCAAGGAGCCGCCGGGCACCAAGGAGGCGGAGAACGAAAAGGACACCACUACAGAGAAGAGCAAAAAGAGAGGUUUCUUUUCCAAAGCGAAGAAAGCUGCUUUUAUCACUCCUCCCCCCGUCGUUCCCGCCGUCCCUCGUCUGGUAGAGGAUGUCGUCCCUGAUGACCGAGAUGAUGUGGACAUCAUUUCCAACACCACCACACAUUACUACUCGGUGCGUGUCUUUGCAGGACAGGAGCCCAGUGGAGUGUGGGCAGGAUGGGUUACUCCUGAUUACCACCAGUACGACCCCCACUUUGAUAUCAGUAAAGUGAGAAACGUCACGGUGACUGUGGGAGACGAUAAAGGCAACAUACACCACAGCAUGAAGCGCAGUAACUGCUACAUGGUGUGGGGCGGCGAGUUCAGCGGCUCACAACAAACACGCAUCACCCAGGAGGACUUUGUCAUUGGCUGUCUCCUGGAUCUGGCCACAGGUCUCAUGACCUUCACAGCCAACGGGAAAGAGGUGAACACGUUCUAUCAGGUGGAGCCCAACACCAAACUGUUCCCUGCUGUUUUCUGUUUGCCCUCCAGCCAGAACAUGCUGCAGGUGGAGCUCGGCAAGCUCAAGAAUAUUAUGCCCAUCUCGGCAGCCAUGUUUCGGAGCGAUCGGAAGAACCCGGUCCCGCAGUGCCCUCCUCGCCUCGAUGUCCAGAUGCUGACCCCAGUGAUCUGGAGCCGCAUGCCGAACCGCUUCCUGUCCCCAGAGACGAGUCGCGUCAGCGAAAGACUCGGCUGGAUGGUGCAGUGCACGGAGCCGCUCAUCAUGAUGGCGCUACACAUUCCAGAGGAGAACAGGUGUAUCGAUAUCCUGGAGCUUUCGGAGUGCACAGACCUGCUGAAGUUCCACCACCACACGCUGAAGCUCUAUGGCUCCGUGUGUGCUCUGGGAAACAACCGCGUAUCCCACGCCCUCUGCAGCCACGUGGAUGAGUCUCAGCUCUUCUACGCAAUCGAGAACUCGUACCUGCCUGGACCGAUCCGCAGUGGCUACUACGACCUGCUCAUCUCCAUGCACCUGGAGUCGGCCAAGAGGAACCGACUCAUGACCAAUCAGGAGUUCAUCGUUCCCAUGACGGAUGAGACGCGCUCCAUCACGCUGACGGCUCACACGCUGCCUGCCGUGGGACGCUCGACCUGCCUCAGACCCACCCUGCAGUUCUCACACACCGGCUUCGUGGGCACCAACGCUGACCUGUACACCCUCAGCCCUCACGUCCCGCUGCAGAUUCUGAAAGACCACGCCCUGAGCAUGUUAACAGAGGCGGUACUGGAUGGGGGCCAGGCCAUGCGUGAUCCUGUAGGGGGCAGCGUGGAGUUCCACUUCGUUCCUAUCCUGAAGCUAAUCAGUACGCUGCUCAUCAUGGGUGUGUUUGAGGACGAGGAUGUGAAACACAUUCUCAAACUCAUCGAGCCCACCGUGUUCCGAGAGGACAGAGAGGAGCUGGAAGAAGAGGAGGAGGAGGGGGAGGAGGAGGAAGACCAGACAGAGCAGGAAGAUGAGGAAGAGCACACCGCACCUGAGAAAGCCGACAGAGAGAAAGCAGAGCACAGAGGGGCGGAGCCAAAGGCUGAGCCAGAGGCCGGGGUCACAGCAAUGAGGGAGGAGCCUAAAGAGGAGGAGGAAGUUGGGGAGGGGCUACUGCAUAUGAAACUACCCGAGUCUGUAAAGUUACAGAUGUGCACUCUGCUGCAGUAUUUCUGCGACUGUGAACUGCGCCACCGCGUCGAGGCCAUCGUCGCCUUCUCCGAUAGGUUUGUCACUCAGGUACAGUCCAACCAGAAACUGCGUUAUAACGACCUCAUGCAGGCCUUCACCAUGACCGCAGCAGAGACGGCUCGCAAGACCAGAGAGUUCCGUUCACCACCACAGGAACAGGUCAACAUGCUGAUGAGUUUUAAGAACUGUCCAGAUGAAGAGGACUCUCCUGUUCCAGAGAAAGUCCGCUUCGACCUUCAGAUGUUUCACAAUGACCUUCUGGCUCACUGCGGUAUUCAUGUUGAGGAAGAGGAGGAGGAAGAGCAUGUGGACACGUCUCUGCGGGGACGUUUCUUCAGGUUGCUUGAGAAAGUGAAAAGACUACGAAAGAGAAAGCAGGAUACAGAGAUGAAGCCAGAGGAGGAGAAGAAACCCAGUACUUUACAGGAGCUGAUCUCUCACACGAUGAUACACUGGGCUCAGGAGUCCUUCAUCCAGGACCCCGAGCUGGUGCGUCUCAUGUUCAGUCUGCUGCACCGGCAGUACGACGCUCUGGGGGAGCUGAUCCGCGCCCUCCCCAAGGCGUACACCAUCAACGCCGUGUCCAUGCAGGACACCAUGGAGCUCCUCGAGUGUCUGAGCCAGAUCCGCUCGCUUCUCAUCGUCCAGAUGGGCCCCGAGGAGGAGAGGCUCAUGAUCCAGAGCAUCGGAAACAUAAUGAGUAACAGGGUGUUCUACCAGCACCCCAAUCUGAUGAGAGCGCUGGGCAUGCACGAGACCGUCAUGGAGGUCAUGGUCAAUGUCCUCGGGGGCGGAGACUCAAAGGAGAUCCGUUUCCCGCGCAUGGUGACCAACUGCUGUCGAUUCCUGUGUUAUUUCUGCCGAAUCAGCCGUCAGAAUCAGCGCUCCAUGUUCGACCACUUGAGCUACUUGCUGCAAAACAGCGGCAUUGGCCUGGGGAUGCGAGGCUCUACACCUCUUGAUGUGGCUGCAGCUUCCUGCAUCGAUAACAAUGAGCUGGCUCUGGCUCUUCAGGAGCAGGACCUGGAGAAGGUGGUGAAGUAUUUGGCCGGGUGCGGGUUGCAGAGUUGCCCGAUGCUCUUGUCAAAAGGUUACCCUGAUAUUGGCUGGAACCCAUGUGGCGGAGAAAAAUACCUGGACUUCCUCCGAUUCGCCGUCUUUGUAAACGGAGAGAGCGUGGAGGAGAACGCUAACGUGGUGGUGCGUCUCCUGAUCAGACGGCCCGAGUGUUUCGGUCCUGCGCUCAGAGGAGAGGGGGGAAAUGGCCUUUUGGCCGCCAUUGAAGAAGCCAUUAAGAUCUCCGAGGAUCCAGCCAGAGACGGAUCCACUGUUAAAAAGGACAGACGCUUCCCUAUGUUUGGAGGAGAAGAGCAACACGAGGAAAGCAGAGUUCAUCUAGGAAACGCCAUCAUGUCCUUCUACGCUGCUCUCAUCGACCUGCUGGGACGCUGCGCUCCUGAAAUGCAUCUGAUCCAGGCGGGAAAAGGAGAAGCUCUGCGGAUCAGGGCUAUCCUCAGAUCUCUGGUUCCCAUUGAGGAUCUCGUAGGGGUGAUAAGUCUUUCACUGCAAAUACCUGCUUUUGGAAAAGAUAACAGUAUUAUUGAGCCAAAGAUGUCCGCCAGUUUUGUCCCGGACCACAAGGCCCCCAUGGUGCUGUUCCUGGACAGAGUGUAUGGCAUUGAUAAUCAGGAUUUUCUCCUACACGUGCUGGAAGUCGGUUUCCUGCCUGAUAUGCGAGCAGCGGCUUCUCUGGACACGGCCGCGUUCAGUACCACAGAGAUGGCCCUGGCGCUGAACCGCUACCUCUGCUCGGCCGUGCUUCCUCUCAUCACUAAAUGUGCUCCUCUGUUCGCGGGCACUGAUCACCGCGCCAUCAUGAUCGACUCGAUGCUGCACACCAUCUACAGACUGUCCCGAGGACGCUCGCUCACUAAAGCUCAGAGAGACGUCAUCGAGGAGUGUCUCAUGUCUCUGUGCAAGUAUCUGCGGCCGUCGAUGCUUCAGCACCUCCUGAGAAGACUUGUGUUUGAUGUGCCCAUUCUUAAUGCCUACGCCAAAAUGCCCCUGAAGUUGCUGACUAAUCACUAUGAGCGCUGCUGGAAGUACUACUGCCUGCCGAACGGCUGGGCCAACUUCGGCGUGUCCUCAGAGGAGGAGCUCCACCUGACCCGCAAACUCUUCUGGGGGAUUUUUGAAUCUCUGGCGCAUAAGAAAUUUGAUGCAGAAUUGUUUAAAAUCGCGAUGCCCUGCAUCUGUGCCAUAGCCGGUGCCAUACCUCCUGAUUAUGUGGAUGCCAGUUACUCUUCAAAGACAGAAAAGAAAGCUUCUGUGGAUGCAGAGGGAAACUUUGAUCCAAAACCGGUGGACACAACCAACACCAUCAUUCCUGAGAAACUGGACGGAUUUAUCAACAGAUACGCAGAGUACACCCAUGAUAAAUGGGCUUUUGAGAAGAUCCAAAACAACUGGACUUUUGGUGAAGUGCUGGAUGAAAUUGCUAAGACUCAUCCUAUGCUCAGGCCGUACAAAACGUUUUCUGAGAAGGAUAAAGAAAUUUACCGCUGGCCCAUUAAAGAGUCCAUAAAGGCCAUGAUAGCCUGGGAGUGGACACUGGACAAAGCCAGAGACGGAGACGAGGACAAAGGAGAGAAGAAAGCAGCACGGAAGAUCUCUCAGACCGCACAGGCGACGUACGACCCGAGUCAUGGCUACAACCCUCAGCCUAUAAACGUCUCGGGCAUGACCCUGUCCAGAGAGCUGCAGUCGAUGGCAGAGCAGCUGGCUGAGAAUUACCACAACACCUGGGGGCGUAAGAAGAAGGUGGAGCUGCAGGCAAAAGGUGGCGGGACUCACCCUCUGCUCGUUCCCUACGACACGUUGACUGCGAAAGAGAAAGCUCGAGACCGCGAGAAGGCGUACGAGCUGCUGAGAUUCCUCCAGCUGAACGGAUACGCAGUGACGAGAGGGCUGAAGGACAUGGAGAGCGACAUUUCCUCCAUUGAGAAGCGCUUUGCUUAUGGCUUCUUACAGAAACUGCUGAAGUGGAUGGACAUCGCUCAGGAGUUCAUCGCUCACCUCGAGGCGGUGGUCAGCAGCGGUCGUGUAGAGAAAUCACCACAUGAGCAGGAGAUCAAGUUCUUCGCCAAGAUCCUGAUGCCGCUGAUAAACCAGUACUUUAAAAACCACUGCCUCUAUUUCCUCUCCACUCCUGCUAAAAUCCUGGGCAGUGGUGGCCACGCCUCAAACAAGGAGAAGGAGAUGAUCGCCAGUAUAUUCUGUAAGAUGUCGGCUCUGGUGAGACACAGAGUCUUUCUCUUCGGCACGGACGCUCCUGCUAUUGUUAACUGUCUCCACAUACUCGCACGCUCGCUCGACGCAAGAACGGUGAUGAAAUCAGGACCUGAGAUUGUGAAGGCCGGGUUGAGAUCUUUCUUCGAGAGCGCGGCUGAUGACAUUGAAAAGAUGGUGGAGAACCUCAAGCUGGGCAAAGUGUCGAAAGGGAACCAGCCGGUGAAAGGUGUGUCUCAAAACAUUAACUACACUACCGUGGCCCUGCUGCCGGUCCUCACCUCGCUGUUCGAUCACAUCGCACAGCACCAGUUCGGAGACGACGUCAUACUGGACGACCUGCAGAUGUCCUGCUACAGAAUCAUGUGCAGCAUUUACUCCCUCGGCACCGUCAAAACUCCUCACGCUGAAAGACACAGGCCGGCUCUGGGAGAGUGUUUAGCUCAUUUAGCGGCAGCGAUGCCUGUGGCGUUCCUCGAGCCUCAUCUGAACGAGUACAACGCCUUCUCGGUUUACACCACCAAGACCCCGAGAGAGAGAGCCAUCCUGGGUCUGCCUAACGAGGUUCAGGAGUUGUGUUUGGACAUCCCGGAGUUGGAGGUGUUGAUGAGGGAAAUCAGUCACCUGGCUGAAUCAGGGGCACGCUACACAGAGAUGCCCCAUGUGAUCGAGGUCACCCUGCCCAUGCUGUGUAACUAUCUGCCCCGCUGGUGGGAGAGGGGUGUAGAAAACCACCCCGAGCUGGAGGGCAAACUCUGCACCCACGUCACCUCCGAGCAACUCAACCAGCUGCUGGGCAGCAUCAUGAAGAUCGUCGUCAACAACCUGGGCAUUGACGAGGCUCCCUGGAUGAAGAGACUGGCAGUGUUCUCUCAGCCGAUCGUGAGCAGAGCCAAGCCUGAGAUGCUCAAGUCUCACUUCAUUCCGACGAUGGAGAAGCUGAAGAAGCGCACGGCGAAGGUGGUGGCCGAGGAGGAGCACCUGCGCAUGGAGGGCAAAAUGGAGGGAGACAAGGAGGAGGGAACCAUACGGGACGAGUUCGCCGUCCUCUGCAGGGAUUUAUACGCUCUUUACCCUCUACUCAUCCGCUACGUCGACAACAACAGGGCAAGGUGGUUAACCUGCCCUGACCCAGAUGCAGAGGAACUGUUCCGUAUGGUGGGAGAGGUCUUUAUCUUCUGGUCCAAAUCUCAUAACUUUAAGCGUGAGGAGCAGAACUUUGUGGUUACGAACGAGAUAAACAACAUGUCGUUCCUCACCGCUGACAGCAAGAGCAAGAUGAGCAAGGCUGGCGGCUCUGACGUAGAACGUACCAAGAAGAAGAGGCGCGGGGACCGUUACUCCGUGCAGACCUCUCUGAUCGUGGCUGCUCUGAAGAAGAUGCUCCCCAUCGGACUCAACAUGUGCUCUCCGGCCGAUCACGAGCUCAUCAACCUCGCCAAGUUCCGCUACUCCCUGAGGGACACAAAUGAAGAGGUGAGAGAGUUCCUACAGGGCAACCUGCAUCUUCAGGGAAAGGUGGAGAACCCCUCCAUGCGUUGGCAGAUGGCUCUGUAUAAGAUGAUGGCAGGGAAGGCGGAGGACGCGGACGCUCCUGAAAAAGUGGUUAAAAGAGUGCAGGAGGUUGCAGCGGUGCUUUACCACAUUGAGGUGACGGAGCAUCCCUACAAAUCCAAGAAGAUGGUUUGGCACAAGCUGCUGUCCAAGCAGAGGCGACGUGCAGUGGUGGCCUGCUUCAGGAUGACCCCGCUGUACAACCUACCCAGCCACCGCGCCUCCAACAUGUUCCUCGAUGGAUAUAAACGGAACUGGCUCCACACCGAAGGACUCUCUUUUGAGGACAGGAUGAUCGAUGAUCUUUCAAAGGCGAUGGAGGAGGAGGAGGAGGAAGAAGAGGAGAAGGAGACGAAGCCUGAUCCUCUUCAUCAGCUCAUACUUCACUUCAGCCGUACGGCUCUCACGGAGAAGAGUAAACUUGAUAUGGAUUAUUUGUACAUGGCGUACGCUGACAUCAUGGCAAAGAGUUGCCACAUUGGUGAGGAGGAUGAAGGUGGGGAUGAAGAUCAGGAGGGAGAUCAGGAGGAAAUGUCGUUUGAGGAGAAGGAGAUGGAAAAACAGAGGCUCCUGUACCAGCAGUCUCGGCUCCACAACCGUGGAGCUGCAGAGAUGGUGCUGCAGAUGAUCAGCGCCUGCAAAGGUGAGACUGGCUGCAUGGUGUCGUCCACUUUAAAGCUGGGAAUCUCCAUCCUGAACGGUGGAAACACUGACGUACAGCAGAAAAUGCUGGACUAUCUGAAGGACAAGAAGGACGUGGGCUUUUUCCUCAGCUUACAGACUCUGAUGCAGACCUGCUGCGUGUUGGACCUGAACGCCUUUGAGAGACAGAACAAGGCUGAAGGUUUGGGGAUGGUGUCAGAAGAGGGAACAAACAUGAAGCUAGAACGCGGUGAGAAAGUCAUGGCUGAUGAUGAGUUCACCUGCGACCUGUUCCGCUUCCUGCAGCUGCUCUGUGAAGGACACAAUAACGAUUUUCAGAAUUACCUCAGAACACAGACAGGAAGCACCACAACCAUCAACAUCAUUAUCUGCACUGUGGAUUAUCUGCUACGACUGCAGGAGUCCAUCAGUGAUUUCUACUGGUAUUACUCGGGUAAAGAGAUCAUAGACGAGCCGGGGAAGAGGAACUUCUCUAAAGCCAUGACUGUGGCCAAGCAGGUGUUCAACACACUCACUGAGUACAUCCAGGGCCCGUGUACAGGUAAUCAGCAGUCUUUGGCCCAUAGCAGGCUUUGGGAUGCUGUUGUUGGUUUCCUUCACGUUUUUGCCCACAUGAUGAUGAAGCUGGCUCAGGACUCGAGUCAGAUCGGUCUGCUGAAGGAGCUGCUGGACCUGCAGAAGGACAUGGUGGUCAUGCUGCUCUCUCUACUCGAGGGAAAUAUAGUAAAUGGCACAAUCGCUCGUCAGAUGGUGGACAUGCUGGUCGAGUCUUCCAGUAACGUUGAGAUGAUCCUUAAAUUCUUUGACAUGUUUCUCAAACUAAAGGACAUUGUAGUUUCUGGUGCUUUCCGUGAUUACGUAACUGAUCCCAGAGGCCUGAUCUCUAAAAAGGACUUCCAAAAAGCCAUGGACAGUCAGAAGCAGUACACGCCGUCAGAGAUCCAGUUCCUCCUGUCCUGCUCGGAAGCUGACGAGAACGAGAUGAUCAACUAUGAGGAAUACUCGAGCCGGUUCCAGGAGCCGGCGAAGGACAUCGGGUUCAACAUCGCCGUGCUCCUGACGAACCUGUCUGAGCACGUCCCGCAUGACACCAGGCUCCAGAACUUCCUGGAACAAGCUGAGAGCGUCCUGAACUACUUCAGACCGUUUUUGGGACGCAUCGAGAUCAUGGGUGCGAACAGGAAGAUCGAGAGGAUCUAUUUCGAGAUCAGUGAGGUCAACCGGAAGCAGUGGGAGAUGCCUCAGGUCCGAGAGUCCAAACGGCAGUUUAUUUUCGAUGUCGUCAAUGAGGGUGGAGAAUCUGAGAAGAUGGAGCUUUUCGUGAAUUUCUGUGAGGACACCAUUUUUGAGAUGAACAUCGCCUCUCAGAUCUCCGAGCAGGAAGAGGAAGAAAAAGGAGAUGAUGAGGAAAUAGAUGAAGGAAAUGAGGGAGGGGGAGGCGGAGCUGAUGAUGAAGAUGGCAAAAAAAAUAGCCAAUCAGAGUCAAGCUCUGCUUUUGCCGACUUCCUGACCAGCGUGGUUCACUUCUUGGGCAUGUUCACCUUCCGUAACCUGCGCAGACAAUACAGACGGCUCAGAAAAAUGACAGUCAAAGAGAUCGUCUUCGGUAUUGCUACCUUCAUUUGGACCAUCCUACUAGGUGUGCUGCACUUCAUUUUCAGUGUGUGUAAGGGGUUCUUCCUGAUCGUUUGGCACACUCUGUUCGGAGGUAGUUUGGUGGAAGGAGCCAAAAAUAUCACGGUGACAGAGCUCCUGGCCAGCAUGCCCGACCCCACUCAGGACGAGGUGCACGGAGACCUUCCUGGAGAAGCAGGGAGUGGUGAAGAACAGGAAGCUGGAGGAGUAACGGAUUCCACCGAGGCAGCUCAAGGUGAAGAAGAAGAUGAAGACAGCACAGAGCAAGAUGUGGGGAAGAUCCCUGGUAUUGACACACCUGGAGGUCUGGGAGACAUGGGAGAUACAACACCUGUAGAUCCACCAACUCCAGAGGGUUCUCCUUUAACCAAAAGGAAGAUGCAGCCUGAGGAGGGAGGAACCGAGCAGGCAGCAGCUCCUGAGGAGCCUGCUCCAGAGCCGGAGAAAGCCGACACCGAGAAUGUAGAGAAGACGGAGAAGGAAGCUGAGCAGAAAACUGAGGAGCCUCAGGAAAAUGUCAAAGUGCAGAAACCCAGCAAGGCCAAGAAAGAGAAAAAGACCACCAGAGACUCAGGAUUUGAGCUGUGGAACGAGCUGGACGUCCAGAGAAAUAAGUUCAUGAAUUAUCUGUCUCGAAACUUCUACAACCUGCGCUUCCUGGCUCUGUUUAUCGCCUUCGCCUUGAACUUCAUCCUGCUCUUCUACAGAGUGUCGGACACGCCCCCAGGUGAUGAGGAGCAUGAAGGUUCGGGACUGUUUGAUGGUUCUGGGCUUUUUGAAGGUUCAGACGGACAGAUGGACGGCUCUGGAGCGAAGGAUGUGGGGGGUGAUGAUGAUGAUGAUGAGGAAGGGCCUGUGUAUUACUUUCUGGAGGAGAGCACGGGGUACAUGCAGCCCACGCUGUCCUUCCUCGCCAUCAUACACACCAUCAUCUCCUUCAUCUGCAUCAUCGGAUACAACUGUCUCAAGAUCCCACUGGUUAUCUUUAAGCGAGAGAAGGAGCUGGCGCGGAAGCUGGAAUUCGAUGGCCUUUACAUUACUGACCAGCCUGAAGAUGAUGAUAUUAAAGGACAGUGGGACAGACUAGUGAUCAACACACCCUCGUAUCCUAAUAACUACUGGGACAAGUUCGUCAAACGCAAGGUGUUGGAUAAAUACGGUGAUAUUUACGGGCGAGAGCGGAUCGCCGAGCUGCUGGGGAUGGACCUCGCCUCGCUGGACGUCAGCAAACAGCAGACCGAUAAAAAACCAAAAGAGCCGGAUAACUCCAUGUUAGCCUGGAUCGCUGCAACUGAUAUCAAGUAUCAGAUCUGGAAGUUUGGAGUCGUGUUUACAGACAAUACGUUCCUGUACCUGGUGUGGUACACGGUGAUGUCACUGCUCGGACACUACAACAACUUCUUCUUCGCGUGUCACCUGCUGGACAUCGCCAUGGGCGUGAAGACGCUGCGCACCAUCCUGUCCUCUGUCACACACAACGGCAAACAGCUGAUGAUGACAGUGGGUUUGUUAGCGGUGGUUGUGUAUCUCUACACCGUGGUUGCGUUUAAUUUCUUCCGCAAAUUCUACAACAAGAGUGAAGAUGAGGACGAGCCUGACAUGAAGUGUGAUGACAUGAUGACAUGUUAUCUGUUCCACAUGUAUGUUGGAGUGAGAGCAGGAGGAGGUAUCGGUGAUGAGAUCGAGGAUCCUGCAGGAGACGAGUACGAACUUUACCGUGUUGUUUUCGACAUCACCUUCUUCUUCUUCGUCAUCGUCAUUCUGCUGGCCAUCAUUCAGGGUCUGAUUAUUGAUGCCUUUGGAGAGCUGAGAGACCAGCAGGAGCAGGUUAAAGAAGACAUGGAGACCAAGUGCUUCAUCUGUGGGAUUGGGAGCGAUUACUUUGACGCGACUCCACAUGGAUUUGAGACACACACCUUAGAGGAGCACAACCUGGCCAACUACCUGUUCUUCUUGAUGUACCUGAUAAACAAAGAGGAGACAGAGCACACCGGGCAGGAGUCGUACGUGUGGAAGAUGUAUCAGGAGCGCUGCUGGGAUUUCUUCCCCGCUGGGGACUGCUUUAGAAAACAGUAUGAGGAUCAGCUGGGAUAGAAAAUAACACACACACACACACACACACAUACACAUGCACGCACACACACACACAAACACACAUGCAUGCACACACACAUGCACACGCGCACACAGUGACAGAGAAAGUUUUUGAUGAUUUAAGGUUUAACUGAUUAUUUAUAAUAAAGUGUUUUAAGUGUUUGUUUUACAGGACAUUAGUAUUAUUUGUGUAUAAAUUAUAUACUUUAUAUUGUUAUAUAUUAUUAUAGUACAAUAUUAUAGUGUUACAGAGACAUUAAUAACAGACUGGUUUAUUUCUACCUGCCUUCUAAACUGAGCUGUAAUGAGUGUGUGAGGGUGUGUGCUGCAGCUCCUCUUCUUUAAACUGGUUUGUUAUUUAAUAAACUGCAUUCUGCAAAUA